AUGAAAUCAAGAUGACAUCACUUAUGUUGCAAAAAAUGUUAGUAAAUAUUUAUCGAAAUUUAAAAAAAUAACAUAAGUGAAAUGAAAAGAUGCAAAUAAAUUUCAUGGUAGAAUGAACGUAAUUUGUUCACACACAAAGCCAUUGGAUUUGGAAAAUGGCAUUAUCUUUGGAAUUCUGCUUUGUAUAGCUACAUGUGCAGCUACGUUUUGCAACAUUCUGGUUUUAACAAUUUUUAUAAAAAUGUGGAAAAAAUCGGCGUCAAACCAUAUUUUACUGUCACUUGCCAUUGCUGACGUUCUUGUUAGCGUCAUACUUGGUCCGAUCACAGUUUUGCAGCUUUUCGAUGUUGAAAUAUCGAAAGAGUGUACAGCAAAUUUUAUUCGCGGUUAUUUUUUAAUUUUUCUUGUCGGAUCAUCUCUGCUCACAUUAGCUUUGGUAUCAUAUGAUCGAUAUUUGUUGCUGACAAAACUUUCAAAUUAUAACAAGUAUAUGACAAUUAAUAAGGCUAUUUUUUUAAUAGUAUUUUCGUGGGUUUUUCCAGGUUUAAUUCCGAUUACAAAGAGAAUAUAUGUGUUCUACUCUAUCUUAUGUAUAAUUAUGUACACUUUUCCUUUGAUUGCCUUGGUGACUUUUUAUUUACUAAUUACAAGAGAAGUACGCAAACGAGAAAAAGAUCUAUUUUUCAAAAAGUAUAACAGUUCUAAAAAAUAUUGUCCUGCAGAGCUCAAUAUACACUCCGAUGCUGAAGGUGUUCGACAUCCUAAUGCCGAGAGUUUUAGAAAACAUUUCACACAUUUAAAGUUAGCUAAGUCCAUUACAGUCUUAAUUGCAUGUUAUUUUGCUUGUAUAUUUCCACUAAACAUUUGGAUGUUCUUGGAAUUAGUCAAAGUCGAAUAUAGCAAAUAUUCCAGCAAUAUUUUUUAUUUAUGCUCUCUGUUACUAAUGCAAGUUAACUCCUGUAUAAAUCCUGUCAUAUACUUUUCGAAACAAAAGGAGUUUAAAAAAAAGUUUAAAAAUAUAUUUAAGCGUAGAACAUCAGCAACGCCUCCUUUGGACUAAACAAAAAUUGUUGAAGUCUUUUUAUAUAAAGUGAAAUUGAUGCAGAAACUUAGGGUUGCCUAUAUGUAUCAUUGCAACUAAAGACAGUGUAAUAUAAAAAUGGGUGUACAUAUAAUAAAUGACAAUGAAUUUUAAAUAAGCCUAAAGAAUGAUUUUGAGCAAUGGUUGCAUAUGUAUAUAUAUAUAACCUUUUUUUUAUUAUCUUUCAAUUUAAAUAUUUUUUUAAAUUAUAUAUUAUGAUAAAAGUUUCAAUUUU